GCAGAUUAUAAAAGCAGAAUCUACACAUUUUCAAAACAUUGUUUGGCUUUGUGAGUGAAUUUCGUGCAUCUACUUCAACAGACAUCUGACAAUGAAGUUGGCAGUACUCUUGUUUCUAUCUUCACUGCUGAGAGACUGUGGAGCUUGGCCACCUGUGGACUGCAAUGACAUCCUUGAACACAAUGAUUACACAGAUCAGUCCCGUCGGAGUGGAGUCUACACCAUCCAUCCUUACGGAGAGAAAUUUGGAGUUCAGGCGUACUGUGACCUGACAACAGCUGGGGGUGGUUGGACGGUGAUUCAGAGGAGAAUGGAUGGAACGGUGAACUUUUACAGACCCUGGAGUCAGUACAAGACUGGUUUUGGUGAAGCUGACGGAGAGCACUGGCUGGGUCUGGAGUUUAUUCACAUGUUGUCCAGUCGAAAACCACACGAGCUGUUGGUGGAGAUGGAGGACUUUGAGGGGAACAAUGCCUCAGCCAGAUACUCGUCCUUCUCUGUUGGCUCUGAGUGUGACGGGUACAAACUGCAGGUAUCAGGCUUCAUCGAUGGAGGAGCUGGAAAUAGUCUAUUAAAUCACAGCGACAUGAAGUUUUCCACCUUUGACAAUGACCAAGAUACUCAGUCUGCAAACUGUGCUAAAAAGUACCUUGGGGGUUUUUGGUACAACACCUGUCACAGUGCUAACCCAAAUGGAAUAUAUCGCUGGGGUGCGGAUGGUACCAUUUUCGCCGCUGGUAUAGAGUGGAAAACCUGGAAAGGAUAUGACUACUCCCUGAAGGCCAUCAGCAUGAAGAUCCGACCUGCACAGUAGAGUUGUAGUGGCUUGGACAAAGAACUGUUCUGCUGUUUAAGGGUUGUUGUGUAAUUUCUAGUCUGUAAACAUUAAAAAGAACUGAAAAGUUG